GGUUGGUCAAAUUAACUUCGGGAGAAAUGAGAGCUGUUCUAAUUCUUGUGAUAACUUUAACUGCAACUUUUGCGGGAUAUCUGCCAAAUGGUUAUAGAAGACCCAAAACUGACAGACAAGGUUUGCAAACAAUGGCAGAUUUUUUUGAUCGAUUGAGCAUCUCAGCCAAAAUUAAAAGAUGUGGGAACACUUUUGACGAAAGUUGUGCCAAUUUGCCCAUCAUAGGAGCUGCAAGUGACGAAUCAUGGCUGGCACAUGGUUCACCAGGUAAAAGGUGUGCAAAUGUAUGGGGAGAGUCUUGCAUAAAUGAUGGAAUUUUUGGGGGUGGUUCUGACGAGUCAUGGUAACAAGGGGAUGAUAACCCUGGACGCCGAUAACUUUCCUGUGUAUUAAUAUGAGCAAAAUAAAAUACUUC